GGGGUCUACGCCAACGUGGGAAUCCGGGGUGGCUUCCAGAUCCACCCGAAGAACCUCAUCAUGGGGCCCAAGUGGCUGCGAGGCUGGCGGGGGAACGAGCUGCAGAGGUGCAUCCGCAAGAAGCAGGUGGUGGGAGAUCGGAUGUUUCUAGAGGACUACCACAAACUCAACAAGAGGAUCCGGUACUUGUACAGGCGGUUCAAUCGCACCGGGAAGCACCGCUAGGAGCAACCGUGGGUUCGGCAUGUGGAGCGUGGUUUUGUGGCAUCACGGUCAGAAUAAAGCCAGCUUUCACACA